AUGUCGUCAGCAGUAGCAGAAUUAGAGGCGGGCUUGAAUGCCAUGCAGAACCUGAAGCCUCCCGGAGUAUCUGGGUCUCGUAUCAACGCACUAACCGCUCUCUGCGUGAACAACGUCCAGUCCGAGUCUGUACUUAUUCAGAAAAUCUACACUCACUUUAAGAAGGCCCCGGCCACGCACAAAUUGGGAGUACUCUAUGUCGUAGAUUCCGUAACUCGCAAAUGGGUCGAUCAGGCGAAACAACAAGGCCAACCCAUCAAUAGUUCUGCGCAAGAUGGAACAUACGCUGCCGGCGUUCAUAGAGUAACGGAGCUGCUUCCAGUCCUGAUGAAUGACAUAAUUCAGAAUGCCCCCGGAGAACAAAAGGAGAAAAUUAAGAAGCUCGUUGAUAUCUGGGAAAAGGGUCAAACGUUCCCCAUGACUAUGAUUGAAUCAUUCAAGCAGAAGCUCACUGCUCCCGCAGUCCCUCAGAAUGAGUCCACGACGCCUAAGGGUACUCCCCCUCCAGGCGCUGGCCUUCCAGGUUUGUCCGAGGUCAAACCAUCUGUUACUCAAGCCCCAAAUGACAUCAUGGAGGCUCUCGCGAAUAUUGUUCGACAAAACAACACUGCUCCGCCGGCGAGCGUCUCUGUUCCUGCGGCCGCUACUCCUUUCAGUUUACCACUGACACAGCAGAGCGCCGUAGCACAGCAGCCCGCGUUACAAACAACACAGAGUCAAUCCACGACUCCCACUCCAGCCGCCUUUCCGGCAGUGGUGCACCCCUUAAAUGUUCCUAAUUUGCCAUACCAGUAUCCCCCGCAGACACAGCCUCAGGCUCCUGUUCAGGCCCAGCCCUUUGUACCUCCGGUGACUGCAAGUAAUCAAGUUUCCGGGUUCCCUGGCGUUACUCCGGGUGCACCACCGGUGGCCACAGCUGGCGGCGUAGACCCUAAUCUCCAACAGCAAUUAAUGCUGAUCAAGGUUUUGUCGGACCAAGGGGUCCCUAUGGAUAAAAUACCUUUGAUUAUAGCAGGAAUACAAAAUGGCAGUGGUGCGGGUGCUGCUGUAGCACCGUCUGCCCCACCCUCCAUGACUCCGCAGCCUCAGCUUCAGCCAGGCCAACAACCUUAUGGUAGUCACUGGGGUCAAGAUGGCUUCCGGCCAGAUGAGUCACGUGAUCGUAGCUUCAACCAAGUGAGAUCCCCUAGAUACCACGAUAGAUCAAGAUCGCGCUCACCGCCGCGUCAUUGGGACCAACGUCGUGACUAUGGUGGAUUCGGUUCUGAUUCGCCUGGCGGUGGCCGCAUGGACGACCGUGACCGGCGUGGUAGAGGAGCGGAUUACCGUCAACGUAGUCCACCGGGUCGUCGUGGCCGUAGCCCAAGCCCUCCCCAGGAUUUCCCUCAUCCUAAUGGCCCUAAAUGGGUUGAUUUUGACCGAGACCUACCACAGGGUCAUAUUAAGGUAUUGAGCAGAACCCUUUUUGUUGGAGGUGUGACGUGCUCCGAGGCCGAGCUCCGGUCGGUAUUUGGCCGCCACGGCCACGUGCAAACUUGCAUUGUUAAUAAAGAUAAGCGACAUGCCUUCGUCAAGAUGGUCACCCGGAGGGAUGCUGUUCGCGCCAAGGAUGCAAUGGAGACUGGUAACUUCAGAACCCGCUGGGGAGUGGGCUUCGGUCCGCGUGAUUGCAGCGAUUACCAAACCGGCAUCAGCGUCAUUCCCAUCUCGAAAUUAACCGAAGCUGAUAGGAAAUGGAUGUUAACUGCUGAAUAUGGCGGUAGCGGCGGCCGACCAAUCGAGACGGGUCUUGUUGUUGAAGAGCCUGAUAUUGAGAUUGGUGCUGGUGUAUCGUCAAAGGCUAUCAGUCGACGUAUGCAAACUGAUAAAGGCGGUAGACAUGGCCCAAAGUCCAGCCGAGGUGGCGAUGAGGAUGACAUGGGCCGCUGGCGGGGCAAAAGAGACAAUCACCAGGACAGCGGCACCUUCAAUGACCAGUCCCAAGGUCAGUCAGAAGUGUCUCAGUUCCCAUUUGGCAUAGGAACAGGCCCCAAUGGGAUGCCGGUCUUCCCACCGGGUUUCUCUUUCCCUGCUCCGGACCAGUAUAACGCCGCCGGUUAG